GCACUGCAGCGAUCCCGGCUCCGCCCUCCUCUUGCAGACAGACAGGGACCAGCCAGCGUCACGUGGGGCUCCUGACAUCCCCCCUUUUCCCCCCUCCCAUCUUUCUCCCUGGUCUCCUCCCUGAAAGAGAGAGAAGCCGGAGCCUGACGGUGCCGAAAAGGCAACGGAUGGCCCUGGCCCCCUCCUCCUGCCUCUCCUCCUCCUCCUUUUUCUCCUUCCUCCCUUCCCUGCCUCCUUCCCAGCCCCGCUUUGGCCAAGGCAGAUCUCCUCCCGAGCUGGGCUUGGAGGCGACCAGGAGGAGCAAGCGAGGCCAAAAAAAAAAGCAAGCCGUGCAGAUCUUUUUUAUUUUGAAAAAGAACACAGUUGGGGAAAAAACCCUCCAACAAUCAAAUGCUGCAAUCUUCUUAGUUUUGGCCUUACAGUAGGAAAACAAAACUGGAGCUGUGAAGCUUUGCAUAGCAAGUAGCUUCUGAGUUGUCUGACAGCAGCUUCUGGAUUUCAGCCCCGUCAAGAAAGAAGAGGAAGAAAAAUAUCCUGGUCUGCUUUAUGGCAGGCAGUCCAUGGUUCCUUGAAAGGUUUGGCUUGGGGAAGAUUGGAUUGGAAUUUGACAAUCGCUGUCUGCAGUGAGAAGUGAGUAGAAAACGAAAAACCUGGGGAAAUAACUCUUGGACAACAUGACUUCUACAUGCACUUGGAUACUUAUUCCUCUUUGUAUGCUGGGAUAUUGAGCACAUCUUUCUGGAUUUUUGGAUCCUUGGAAAAGACAUUCUGGGUACAUUGUGGGCUUUCCCACAUCUGUGUAUUUUCCACCCAUCUCCAUCUUUUGUUUCCAGUUUGGCAAGAUGGGCUUUUAAUGGUAUAUUCUGCUGAAUCACUGUUAGACACCAGGCUGAGAAGCCAAGCAGAUGACUGAAUAACAUCUCUUGUGCCUUUUAUUUUCUAAAGACUCUUUACAGCUCAAGCAAAGGUGCAUAUCUCUGGGUGCUUGAAAUAUUUGUUUUCUUCCUUCCUUUCUUUCUCUUUGAGAGAAGAAGAUAUUUCCAUUGCAGGUGGACACAGGUGAGCUGUUCCUACUGGGGGGGUGGGGCAACUACGCCAGUCCUCCAUAGCACACCAGGAAAAUAAGAGUAAACCAUCUAGUCUGAGUGGUUCCUGGAAAGAUUUUACCCUGUCUGCUUCAACCCCCCCACCACCACUCCCCCCUCCUCUCCCCCCUCUCCCCCACCCCACCCCACGGAGAAUGGGGCCUGUGCUUCUCAGGCGUGGAGGUUGCCUCCUGCUUUGGAUGGCACUGCUCCUGGGAUGCUGGGCUGAGCUUGGCAGUGGCCUAGAGUUCCCAGGGGCAGAGGGCCAGUGGACUCGCUUCCCUAAAUGGAAUGCCUGCUGUGAGAGUGAAAUGAGCUUCAACAUGAAGACCCGCAGUUCCAGCGGCCUGGUCCUUUACUUCGACGACGAGGGCUUCUGUGACUUCUUGGAGUUAAUUCUGACUCAAGGUGGGCGCCUCCAGCUGAGCUUUUCCAUCUUCUGUGCUGAGCCUGCCAUCUUGCUCUCUGACAUGGCCGUCAAUGACAACCUGUGGCACACCGUAGUGAUCCGCCGCAAUUUUAAGAACACAACGCUAUUAAUUGACCAGGCUGAGGCGAAGUGGGUAGAGGUCAAAUCCAAGCGGCGGGACAUGACGGUCUUUAGUGGCCUCUUUCUAGGAGGGUUGCCUCCUGAGCUGCGCUCGCCUACCCUAAAAGUAACACUCUCCUCGGUGAAAGAUCGGGAACCCUUCAAGGGAUGGAUAACAGAUGUAAGGGUCAAUUAUACACAGUCCUCGCCUGUGGAGAGUCAAGAAGUGCGCCUGGAUGAUGAACAGAGUCACCUGUGUGCCAGGGAUGAUGUUUGUCUCAAUGGUGGCGUCUGUUCUGUGCUCAAUGACCAGGCGGUGUGUGACUGCUCUCAAACUGGCUUCCGUGGGAAGGACUGCAGUGAAGAAGACAACUAUGUGGAAGGUCUGGCGCACUUGAUGAUGGGCGACCAAGGUAAAAGUAAAGAAAUUGCUGCUCUUUUUGCAAAAGCCGAAUCCCGAUCCUAUCCAGGAAAAGAAGAAUACAUCGCAACAUUCAAGGGGUCAGAGUAUUUCUGCUAUGACUUGUCCCAGAAUCCUAUCCAGAGCAGCAGCGAUGAAAUAACUCUGUCCUUUAAAACUCUUCAGAGGAAUGGACUAAUGCUUCACACCGGGAAAUCAGCGGAUUAUGUCAACCUCGCCCUGAAAAACGGAGCUGUCUCCUUGGUUAUUAAUUUGGGCUCAGGGGCCUUUGAAGCACUGGUGGAACCUGUGAAUGGGAAAUUUAAUGACAAUGCCUGGCAUGAUGUGAAAGUAACCAGGAAUCUGCGUCAGCACUCAGGCAUUGGACACGCUAUGGUAAACAAACUACAUUGUUCGGUGACAAUAUCAGUGGAUGGAAUUCUGACCACGACGGGCUACACACAAGAAGACUACACCAUGUUGGGCUCCGAUGACUUUUUCUAUGUUGGAGGCAGUCCUAGCACGGCAGACUUGCCAGGGUCACCAGUCAGUAACAACUUUAUGGGCUGUCUCAAAGAGGUUGUGUAUAAGAACAAUGAUGUAAGGCUGGAAUUGUCCCGGCUUGCCAAACAAGGCGAUCCUAAGAUGAAGAUCCACGGUGUGGUAGCAUUUAAGUGUGAAAAUGUGGCAACUUUGGAUCCAAUCACUUUUGAAACACCAGAAUCUUUCAUCUCUUUACCAAAGUGGAAUGCCAAGAAAACCGGCUCAAUAUCUUUCGACUUCCGCACUACUGAGCCAAAUGGCCUGAUACUUUUCAGCCACGGUAAACCACGUCAUCAGAAAGAUGCCAAACACCCGCAGAUGGUGAAAGUUGAUUUCUUUGCUAUUGAGAUGCUUGAUGGCCACCUCUAUCUGCUGCUGGACAUGGGAUCUGGUACAAUUAAAAUCAAAGCUUUACAGAAGAAAGUGAAUGAUGGGGAAUGGUACCACGUCGAUUUUCAAAGAGAUGGACGAUCAGGUACCAUUUCCAUCAACACAAUGCGAACACCUUAUACAGCACCCGGAGAGAGUGAGAUCUUGGACCUAGAUGAUGACUUGUACCUUGGAGGUUUGCCAGAAAAUAAAGCCGGUCUGAUCUUUCCAACAGAGGUCUGGACAGCACUUCUCAAUUAUGGCUAUGUGGGCUGCAUCCGGGACCUAUUUAUUGAUGGUCAAAGCAAAGAUAUUCGCCAAAUGGCAGAAAUCCAGAGCACUUCUGGAGUGAAACCUUCAUGUUCAAGAGAAACAGCAAAACCAUGCUUGAGCAAUCCAUGUAAAAACAAUGGUGUGUGCAGGGAUGGCUGGAACAGAUAUGUCUGCGAUUGUUCUGGUACAGGCUACUUGGGCAGAUCCUGUGAGAGAGAGGCAACCGUUUUAAGCUAUGAUGGAAGCAUGUUUAUGAAAAUACAGCUCCCUGUGGUGAUGCAUACAGAGGCAGAAGAUGUGUCCUUACGGUUCAGAUCUCAGCGAGCUUAUGGCAUUUUAAUGGCCACAACAUCGAGGGAAUCUGCUGACACACUCCGUUUAGAGCUGGAUGCAGGACGUGUUAAGCUAACAGUCAACCUAGACUGUAUCAGGAUUAACUGUAAUUCCAGCAAAGGUCCAGAAACCCUUUUUGCUGGCUAUAACCUCAAUGACAAUGAAUGGCACACAGUGCGUGUGGUUCGAAGAGGAAAAAGUUUAAAAUUAAUGGUGGAUGACCAACAAGCCAUGACAGGUCAAAUGGCUGGGGAUCAUACAAGACUGGAAUUCCACAACAUAGAGACAGGAAUCAUAACAGAACGCCGCUAUCUGUCCUCAGUCCCUUCCAACUUCAUUGGUCAUCUGCAAAGUCUCACUUUUAAUGGCAUGGCAUACAUUGACUUGUGCAAAAAUGGGGAUAUUGAUUACUGUGAGCUAAAUGCUCGGUUUGGCUUCAGGAACAUCAUCGCUGAUCCAGUCACCUUUAAGACCAAAGCCAGCUAUGUUGCCCUUGCCACAUUGCAAGCUUAUACUUCUAUGCACCUGUUUUUCCAGUUCAAAACGACAUCAUUGGAUGGGUUAAUACUCUACAACAGCGGGGAUGGGAAUGACUUUAUCGUGGUUGAGUUAGUCAAAGGGUAUUUACACUACGUGUUUGAUCUGGGAAAUGGUGCAAAUCUUAUUAAGGGCAGUUCCAAUAAGCCCCUGAAUGACAACCAGUGGCAUAAUGUGAUGAUAUCGCGGGACACCAAUAACCUCCAUACAGUGAAGAUUGACACAAAAAUCACCACACAGAGCACAGCGGGAGCAAGAAACCUUGAUCUCAAAAGUGACUUGUAUAUUGGAGGAGUUGCAAAGGAGACCUACAAAUCCUUGCCCAAAUUGGUCCAUGCCAAGGAAGGCUUUCAAGGCUGCCUUGCCUCAGUGGAUCUGAAUGGACGUCUCCCAGAUUUGAUCUCAGAUGCUCUGUUUUGCAAUGGGCAGAUAGAACGAGGAUGUGAAGGUCCCAGCACAACAUGCCAAGAGGACUCAUGUGCAAACCAAGGAGUCUGCUUACAGCAAUGGGAUGGAUUCAGCUGUGACUGUAGCAUGACCUCUUUCAGUGGAACACUGUGCAAUGACCCGGGAACAACAUAUAUAUUUAGCAAAGGUGGUGGACAGAUUACAUAUACCUGGCCUCCCAACGAUCGGCCCAGCACGCGAGCAGAUAGACUGGCAAUAGGGUUUAGCACAGUUCAGAAAGAAGCUGUCUUGGUGCGAGUGGAUAGCUCUACUGGGCUUGGCGAUUAUUUAGAGCUGCACAUCCACCAAGGAAAAAUUGGAGUUAAAUUUAAUGUUGGGACAGAUGAUAUUGCUAUUGAAGAGGUCAACGCAAUCAUUAAUGAUGGGAAAUACCACGUAGUACGUUUUACAAGAAGUGGUGGUAAUGCCACCUUACAGGUGGACAACUGGCCAGUUAUAGAACGCUAUCCAGCAGGAAACAAUGAUAACGAGCGCCUGGCGAUUGCUAGACAGCGAAUUCCAUAUCGGCUUGGUCGAGUAGUUGAUGAAUGGCUACUCGACAAAGGGCGUCAGCUCACAAUCUUCAAUAGCCAAGCGACGAUAAAAAUUGGAGGCAAGGAGCGGGGUCAUCCAUUUCAGGGCCAGCUUUCCGGACUGUACUACAAUGGCUUGAAAGUCCUGAACAUGGCUGCCGAGAACGACGCCAACAUAGUGAUAGAAGGGAAUGUGAGACUUGUUGGUGAAGUGCCUUCCUCUAUGACAACUGAGUCAACUGCCACUGCAAUGCAGUCUGAGAUGUCCACGUCGGUAAUGGAAACCACUACCACUCUGGCAACAAGUACAGCUAGAAGAGGAAAGCCACCAACGAAAGAACCCAUUGGUCAGACCACAGAUGACAUCCUGGUGGCCUCAGCUGAAUGCCCCAGUGACGAUGAGGACAUUGAUCCCUGUGAGCCGAGCUCAGGUGGGUUAGCAAGUCCAACUAAGCCUGGACGAGGAGGAUACCCAAGUUCAGAUGAAGUGGUUCGGGAAUCCAGCAGCACGACUGGCAUGGUAGUUGGGAUUGUGGCUGCGGCUGCUCUGUGCAUCCUCAUCCUCCUCUAUGCCAUGUACAAGUACAGGAAUCGGGAUGAAGGCUCCUACCAUGUUGAUGAGAGUCGAAACUACAUCAGUAACUCAGCACAGUCCAACGGGGCUGUGAUUAAGGAAAAGCAACCCAACAGCUCGAAAAGCUCCAACAAAAAUAAGAAAAACAAGGAUAAGGAGUACUACGUCUGAUCCCGACAGCUGAAAAAAGAACAAUUGUAUAGAAAUAGUCUUCAUUUUAUCUGAGACAUAAAACAAAACUUAUUUACUUUACUUUUUAUGAAGCACAUGCAAUGUUUAAAAAAUGGGAGAAAAAGAACACAGGGAAUGCAAUCGGAAAGGAAAAGACUUUUUUUUAACAAAAAAAACAAGGAAAGAGAAAAAAUGAAAUAAGCAUUUCAUACUCUUGUUUCACUGAAACUGGAGUCAAUAAAUCCCCUUACAUCCACAGUGUUUUCAUUUACUCUGCCGUCUUUAUGUUGCUGGAAUGUUUCUGAAGAUGAUGAUGGUAACUACUGCACACUCAUAAGGCAAAGAGUAUUACUACUAAAACAUCACCCAGCACUACACAAAAAUGCAACCAACUGAAACAAAACAAAUGAAAUCUCUCGCUCUCUCUCUCUUACACACACACACACACACACACACACACAGACAUACACACAGAGAAACUACCUAUGAAUCUGGAUUUAGCCAAAGUGCUAGCGCAUUCCUGAGGAGUAAGUUAGUCUUAUUACCUGAGAAGACUUUGCCGUUCUAUACAAGUGCUCAACAAGCAAACCUGAGUUUGUCACCCUGUGCAUUGCAACAACAAUUGGAGCUUGAGUUUGAAGUGAAGUGCUGGCCUUUCUGAAUAAACCAUGCAAGAAGAAGAAGGAGAAGGAGAAAUUCAAAGAAAAAAAAGCCCCUUUCUGGUUGUGAGGAAAACAGUAUAGCGGCCUUAUUUUCAAAAUAAUAAUAAUAACAAUAAACAAAUGAAGUGAAAUAUAAGGCUUAUUUUCACACACCACCAACAAACAAACCUGAGGGCAUAGAUGCAAUCAUUGGGGAAAAACGUUCAUGCACGCUUAAUAUGUUAUUACAUAUGUUUAUAUUAAAAAAAAACACAUCUAUAUGUGCUUUCUGGACUGUGAUAAGUGAUGUUUUCUAGCCUGUUGUAUAGACAAUGCAAACUAUAUCUGCUCUUCAACCAUUUUUGGUAAACUCAAUGUUCUAAGUGUUGCUAGGUAUAGACCGUUUUACGACAUCUGGAGCAACCAACAUUUCUGUUUACUUUGGCACCCAUGAGAAACUGCCACCGUUUUUCUUCCCCUCCUGAUUCGUUCUUUCUUCUUCUUCCUUUUUCUUUAAAAAAGAAUCUUGAGUUGAAUUUGGUUUUAAUUUACAGUAUAGUGAACAUACCAAGAAGGAUGUGUAUGAAUGUAUAUAAGAGUCAGCUAAUUUUCUUCUUAACCUGUACAGCCUCUCUCUCUCUUCUUUUGCAGUUCAGUUUUAGUAGUUUGUAUGAAAGAAGUGGACUUAGAAAGCAAAUAUAUAUAUAGAUAUAAACACCAUAUUUUUCUUCUUCAGUUUACUCAUGCACUCCCAGGAUACAUCACCAAAACCAAUCAAAAUCACAUGAUUUCUCUCCCCCGCCCCAUGCACACACUAAACUUGACACAAACGUGGUGAUUUAAAUUACUUUUGCCCUCCAGAUUGGAUAUAUCAUUGGCCAGUAUGGUUGAUCACACCCCUGAAAUGUGACAGAAACGUCAAAUUUAAUGGUCCCCAAAUCUUUAUUAUUGCUACACUUAAUUGGAAAAGAAUUCAGAAGUAUGCCCUUUAAAUUGUUCUAGCUCUUCUCACUAAAACUUCUUUCAGUUAUGUAAAGCAGAGACACCAUUUAUAAACUGAAUGCAAAACAAGAUUCUAGUUUGCAUAUUUUGGUUGAAAAAGUACCUUUUUUCUCCUUUCAGUGGUUCUUUUUUCCAAAAAAAAAAAAAAAAGUACUGUAUUAUUUCCUAGAAUUCUUCUAGGUUUAAAUGGAAUUUCUUCUUCUAAGUUAAGGUAGUCAGUUUGGCAAUGAACCAGUAUCUUUGCAAAGAUAUAAACAUCAAAUGCAUUUUUGAUUUAAAAACAUGUUACAAAUUUGCACUUUUGUUUUGUUCUUUUAAAAAAGAUGACUCCAUUGGGUUCCCAACAAUAAGCCAUUGUGUAACGUCCCACUAAGUGAGAGAGAUGUGAGAGGAAUAUGUUGCACCGAAAGUAGCUAGUUCAGUAGAGAAUCAUCCAUAUUGUGCAAGGCCUCCUGGGAUGUGUGGAAUUGUUUAUACUUUACAGACAGAAAGAAGGAAUUUAAAAUUAGCUUUAACCAGCAGGGCACUGUAUUGUCUUGUUUGCUGUUCACUGCCACUGGGGCAAAAAAAAAGUGGGGGGAAUUGAAGGAUCUCUGAAUCUUCAACACAGCAAUACUUUAGAGACAGAUGUAAAACUGCCUUGGUGUUGCCAUCUUUGGAAGCUGCCAAAUGGUUUGAUCAUACUGUACGUGCUGAAUGCUUUGGAGAUUGGGUCUGUGGGGCAAUGCUUGCAAAUAUGUGAAGGCUACAUAACACUCAAGAUAACCUACUGAAAUUUCCCCAGCCAUCCCUUCAGUUACCACCUUUAUAAUUUACCUUUGCCAAGUGAAGGACAGUAAAUGGGUGCAGCCAUGAACCAUGAAGCAGGCACUGGCAUUGAUACCCAAGAUAAAAUAAGCCAGUGAUGAGAAAUGAAUUUUCGCAAUGAUAAGGCCACGUGGAAGGGGCUACAAAUACAUUUAUCAUUCUCCAAGCUGAUGGCAAGGUUCUUUUGCAUUGUCUUAUAUUGACAUUAACAUGAUUACUUUUAAGGAAUAAGUGAUGGAAUUGCCCUUUCUAGUAAAGGUAAUCUGAAGCUAUUUUCUCGGGAGUUACUCCUGUUCUUCCUUGUUGAUUUUGUGAUUUAAUAACAAACAAAGUGUUUGCAUUUAUCAAAUGUUGCAGUAGCGAUAUUAAAACACUUUUUUCUCUCUCUCUUUUCAAAAUACAUAACAAACACCUUAAUCCCAUCUCUAUAGUAAUCUAAUUGUUGACUAAAUCUGCAAUCCUAUGCUCACUUAACAGAGAGCAAGUCCCAUUCAUGUCUAUGGGUCUUCUUCUGAGUAAAACAUGGUUAGGAUUGUGCUGUGAUGAGAUGGCUAUGGGUUGUUUUUUUUCUUACUGUAUUGUGUUGCCUUUUUUUAACAAUACACUAAAAUAAUGUGUGAAAUAAUUCAUUCCCAAGAUAUCAGAAAAGAGGUCAGAAGCCCUUAACCUUAUAGUGCUUUCUGUGAUAGAUAUUUACAAUUUUUUUUAUUUGUUGCAAGGCCAAUUUAUCCAUUAUUGGAAAUGCUAAGCAAGUGGAAUUUACCGUUUUGUUAAUAAAAUGUUUCUUAAUACA